AUGUCGAGCACAGACCUUCUCAGCGCCGGGACAACGUGCAGCCAUGAUGCUUGCAGAACAAUCGACUUUCUGCCAUUCAAGUGUUCCCACUGCGCUCAGAGCUUUUGUACAGAACACUGGAAGCCAGCGGACCACGACUGCAAGCAGUAUGAUGCUGCCGCAGAGGACAGGAUCCUGCCUCAGUGUCCAUUCUGCUCUAAACCCGUCCUCGUGCUCCCAAAGCAAGACCCAAACGACGCAAUGGAGGCUCACAUUGACAGAGACUGUGCCGUCUUCACAGGCAAGAAACGACGUGGACCCGUUUGCGGCAACAAAAAGUGUGGAAAGGCUCUGAUAAGUCCUAUCGUUUGCCAAACAUGCAAGGGCCAGUUCUGCCCCUCUCAUCGCUUUCCAAAUGCGCAUACGUGUAGGACGACGACGAAUGCAGCUCCUUCGAGCUCAAAGACGACGACGAGUGCACCACCAACCCCUGCUGGCCUUGCAGCGCUAAAGCGCGCGACAGUCUCCGCAACAAGCUCGGCGGCAAAGUCUGUACAAGCCGCCAAGCCUGCACCGAAAGCCAGUACGUCGACUGCGCCGUCGACUGGGAACAAGGCGGGCAAUCUCAUCAAGGAAAUCAAGACUGACCGGUGCGAGCCUUCCGUCUCCUCUGCUGCCGUUUCGACCUCGCCGACGAAUAAUUCCCCUCCUACGCCUAAACUACCUACUAUUAUGCGCACUGGCGGCUCGAAACCUGUUGUGGAUCCGACCAAAAAAUGGACACCCGCACCGCUCUUUGGCUCGGCGUGA